GCCAUCUUCAGCAUCAAAGCAAAGCAAAGGAGGUGCUUCUUUUCGAGAGAUAAGAGCUAGAGAAAUGGCACACCGGCCGAUCAAUGCAUUCACUUCUUUUAUCUUGCUUCUUGGGGUAUUCACCACAAAAUUCACAGUAGUAUUGGCUGCUUGGCUGCAAGCCCAUGCAACUUUCUACGGCGGAAGCGAUGCUUCAGGAACCGCGGGGGGUGCGUGUGGUUAUGGAAACCUCUACACAGACGGUUAUGGCAUAGAGACUGCAGCUCUGAGCACGGCUUUAUUCAACGAUGGCAAGUCAUGCGGUGGUUGCUAUCAGAUGGUCUGUGAUGCAAGCAAGGUGCCCCAGUGGUGCCUCAAGGGCACCUCCAUUACCAUCACCGCCACCAAUUUUUGUCCUCCAAACAACGACCUACCCAGUGACAAUGGCGGCUGGUGCAAUCCUCCCCUCCCACACUUCGACAUGUCUCAGCCUGCAUUUGAGACAAUUGCCAAAUACAAAGCCGGAAUUGUUCCUAUUUUAUAUCAGAAAGUCGGAUGCAAGAGGAGUGGAGGCAUUAGGUUUACCAUCAACGGGAGAGAUUACUUCGAACUGGUUCUCAUAUCCAACGUAGGAGGAGUUGGAGAGAUCUCUAAUGUUUGGAUCAAAGGGUCGAAAUCAAGUACUUGGGAAACCAUGUCAAGAAACUGGGGUGUGAAUUGGCAGAGCCUUACCUAUCUCAACGGUCAGAGCUUGUCCUUCAGAGUCCAAACCAGCGAUGGACAAACACGCACAGCUCUUAACGUGGUGCCUUCCAAUUGGAAUUUUGGCCAGUCCUUCUCCAGCAACGUCCAAUUCUAGAUGGUGAUUCAAUAUAUAUACAUGCAACGUAUAUAUACACACACGAUAUAUGUUUUUCUUUUCUCCGUUAAUUUCUCACACAAUAUAUAAAUGUGAGAUUGUUUUUCUUUUUUUCUUUUUUCCUCUUUUUUAAAAUUGUUUUCAGGGUCGUGGCUCUGCGUUUUGCUGUGUAGCCCACCAAGUUUGGUAAACCCUAUAUAUAUACAUAUAAUAUUGUAAGCAGGAAAAGGCGACGUGGAUAUACUCGCUUGACAUAAAUAAAUAUAUCUAAUCCAUCUA